ACAUCUCAUCACUUCUCCACUCCAGUGAACCGAGCCAACCUCCAGUGCAGGAACAUGUCUUCCUAUGGACAGCUGAUCAGCUCCCGCUGCUACAACCCCUGUGAAGUGACCUGCCCACGGCCAUAUGCCGAUGCCUGGAACGAGCCCUGCGUGACAUCCUGCGGUGACUCCAGAGCCGUGGUCUACCCACCCCCGGUGGCCAUCACCUUCCCCGGACCCAGUCUCGCCUCCUGCCCCCAGGAGAGCUACGUGGGCACCUCAGAACCCCAGUGCAUUGGCGGCCCAUACACUGCCGGCGGCUACCUGGGGUACAGAGGCUCAGCGAGCACUGGGUACUGCUACCCCUCUUAUUCCCGCCAGCUCAACAGAUACCGCUAUGGGGGCUGUGGGCCAUGCUAAGGGAGCAGGAAUAUCUGUGGCAGAAAAUAAUAGCCAAGAAAUGGGGAACAAGAUUCAGAUUAAGAAAUGAGUGGAGGCACGUUGUUUUCAGAGGCACAAAAAACCCACUGCUUGUGUUUGCUGUGGGAGCCGAGGAUGCUCAGGAGCUCUGUAAAUCUUUCCAGUGCAUGAAGUUGUCUUUUCUGUAAUACUCCCUCUCUUUCUGAAUGAUGUUGCUAUGCCCUUACUCAUGUAGCAGACCAGGUACGCAAUCAUUCAAAAUCUACUUUGCAUGACUAAAGCCAUGUAGAAGGGAAUUAACAGCCAAUCCCAAUGUGACCAUGUGUGCCAAGGUCUAUCAUUAGUUUGUGGCCUUUAGCAUUUACGAAUAUGCAUUUUAACAUGUAAAGUGUAGAAUAGGAAAAGCUACGCAAACUGCUUCAAUCUCUGGAAAUAUGUUCUUUGUACUUUUCUUUUUUUUUUUUUGCUGUGAAAAUGUAUGUUUCUCGUCUCAUUCCCAUUAAAAAUAAUCAGAUUGCAUCCUUA